GUCAAAUUAAACAUACUCAUAAAUUACCUUUACUCAGUUGAAAAGUCUUAUCUUUGAUAAGACUCGAAAAUGUCUCACAUUGGAACGAGGAACUUAUUUUAUUGAGAGAAAUCUUUACAGAAGAGUGAAACCGUUUCCGUAUCAUGUCAACUCCAAGUAAGGAAAAGGCUCAAAAACCAAAGAUACCCUGGUAUCAGGAUGUAGAUGGUUUCCGGAUUCCGGGCAUGUUUUCAGUGGAGGCAUACAAAUCUGCUUUGGCUUACGAACCCAGACCCAAUGAUUUGUUCAUAAUUACCUACCCAAAAUGUGGAACAACUUGGGUGCAGAACAUAGUAGCUUGUAUUUUCCGGGAGGGAAAACCCUUUGGAUCAGCCCUUGAGUUCUUCACUGAAACUCCCUUCCUGGAAAUGACAGGAGCUGAAGUUGCAGUGAAGAUGAAAAGGCCCGGGGCCAUCAAACUUCAUCUACCAUUCCAUCUGACUCCAUGGUCUUCAGAGGCCAAGUAUAUUUUUGUAGCCAGAAAUCCAAAGGAUUGCUGUGUUUCUUUCUACCAUCAUACGGAGAGCAUGCCUGGAUACUGCUUCGAGGAUGGAGAUUUCGACGACUAUUUUGAACUCUUCAUCAACGGGGAAGUGGAUUUCGGAGAUUACUUCGAUACUACGCUCUCCUGGUGGGAUCACAGGAAUGAUCCGAAUGUGCUUUUCAUCACUUAUGAACAACUGAAGAAGGACACAGUCAACAAUGUCCUGAAAAUAGCCGAUUUCAUUGGACCUGAAUACAAGGAGAAACUGGAGAAGAACGAGAAAAUGCUCCAGGAUGUGAUCCACCACAGCAGCUUCAACUUUAUGAAGGAGCAUCUGAAUAAGCACUUGACGGAAAUGAGCAAAAUCCCCAAGGAAAUGAUACGGAACAAUCCAGACAUUCCUGCUGGCAUGCGUGAGAUGUUGCUCGGAGAUAAGUUUGAAAUGAUGAAAAAAGAUGCUACCGGAAUGACUUUUGUUAGGAAAGGUAUUGUAGGAGACUGGCGGAAUCAUUUCUCACCUAGUCAGAAUGCCAGAUUGGAAAAAAAAUUCAGAGAGAGAUUUGCAGGAACUGGUCUCCUGGAUUUGUGGAAAGAUGAUAUGUGAUACUUCUCCCUAUCUUUCAAGUUGUGCUCUGUCAUUUUUCAGAAACUAUUUCUUUGUAAAUGUUUGGAUCUAAUGUUUCAUAUUAUUGAAAUAAUUUCCGGAAUUUGUUCCAUUUAUCAAAUAAAAAAAUUAUCUAUAUUAUUUUAAGAAGGAAAUAAUAAGAACAUUUUUCUUGGAUAAAUAAAAUUACACAUUUAA